AUGUCAGCCAGUUUGAACAGUGCAGAGACUCAAUGGCUUGCUCAGCUCAGUGCCAUGCGAGCCGCCAUCGCCGAGCUCAAACUGCCCACCGAAACAGAAAACGCGCCGACCUAUGGCCAGGAUGUCUGGACAGACGAAGAAGACUCUUCAGAGCCGACAAGUGGUGAUGAUGACCUUUGGGACCUUGUCGACGACGAUGAUGAAGACCAAGCGUCUCUCAGCGACUCGUCCUACCCUAUGCCCUCGUACCAUGAGCACGAGGAGACAUCAACUCCCGCAUAUAGUGCUGCCUGGCUACGCGAGAGACUCGGAUACGUCUCGUCCAGUAUGAGUGUGGACGAACUUCAGGACCACAUCGUUGCCAUACUCGGCUCGGAUAGCAGUGACGACGAGCUUCAAAUGCUUCUUGCUGAUACUCUAGGUUUCGAUGAACUAGAUCUGGUAGCUGACUUCAUCGCUCACCGCAAAGAAAUCGCCACAGCCUCGCAAGCACCUGUCAAGAGUGAACCUGGUGGUCGGAUCCUUACUCGCCGUGAAAGAGAAGAAGCUCUUCGGCAACAGGACUUCCAGCACAAGACAACCUCUCUGGCUGCCGCCCAAGACCGUUCUGCCACUCAAUAUCCCCACGUCUAUCGAGCACACGAUGCAGGAAACAUGCUCUCCUCCCACGGUCGCAAGUACAUGCUGCCACUGGGAAGUGAGAGGACUGAGCACGAAAAGUACGAAGAGUAUUCUAUUCCUCCUGCCAAGGUUGGUACUCUAGGUAUCGGUCAAUCGCUGGUCGAGAUCAAAGAUAUGGAUACACUCUGCCGAGGAACCUUCAAAGGAUACAAGGCGUUGAAUCGCAUGCAAAGUCUCGUCUAUCCUGUCGCCUACAGAACUAGCGAGAACAUGCUGAUUUGUGCACCUACUGGUGCUGGUAAAACUGACGCUGCAAUGCUGACUAUCCUCAACACCAUCGCCAAAAACACGACUCCAAGUCCGUCCGAGGACCCAGAUGCUACGGACCUCAAAGUCGCCCUUGAUGAUUUCAAAAUUGUCUAUGUUGCCCCUAUGAAGGCUUUGGCUGCCGAAAUCACAGAGAAAUUGGGCAAGAGACUCGCUUGGUUGGGCGUCCAAUGCCGUGAGCUUACCGGAGACAUGCACCUUACUAAGGCUGAAAUUGUUGCUACUCAAAUUAUUGUAACCACUCCCGAGAAGUGGGAUGUUGUUACGAGAAAGAGCACUGGAGAUACUGAGCUUGUCCAAAAAGUCCGUCUCUUGAUCAUUGAUGAGGUGCACAUGCUUCACGACGAGAGAGGUGCCGUUCUCGAGUCGCUUGUCGCGCGUACAGAGAGACAGGUUGAGAGUACACAAUCUCUCAUCCGUAUUGUUGGUCUGUCCGCCACACUCCCCAACUACGUCGAUGUCGCCGAUUUCCUCAAGGUCAAUCGAAUGGCUGGACUGUUCUAUUUCGACGGGUCAUUCAGACCAGUACCUCUCGAACAGCAUUUCCUUGGUGUCAAGGGCAAAGCUGGCAGCAAGACUUCUCGAGAAAAUCUGGAGAUCGUCGCAUUCGAGAAAGUGCGCGAUAUGUUGGAGAGAGGACAUCAAGUCAUGGUCUUUGUGCAUUCUCGCAAAGACACCUGGAAGACUGCCAAAACCAUGUACGAGAUGGCUACCGACGAGGGAUGCACCGAUCUCUUCGAUCCCUCCUUCCAUGAGAACUAUCAACAGGCCUUGCGCGAUUUGAAGACCUCCAAGGGUCGCGAGCUUAGAGAACUUGUGCCCAAAGGUUUCGGUACCCAUCACGCUGGUAUGCCCCGUUCGGACAGGAAUCUUAUGGAGCGUCUGUUCGCCGAUGGAGUGCUGAAGGUCUUGUGCUGUACUGCCACCCUGGCUUGGGGUGUCAACUUGCCAGCUGCAGCGGUCGUUAUCAAAGGCACCCAACUCUAUAGUGCAGAGGCAGGUAAGUUCGUCGAUCUUGGCAUUCUUGAUGUUCUUCAGAUUUUCGGACGUGCCGGUCGUCCUCAGUUCCAGGACACUGGUAUCGGCUUCAUUUGUACUACUCAGGACAAGGUUCAACACUACCUCACAGCAGUCACUCAACAACAGCCGAUUGAGUCCAACUUCUCAAAGAAGAUGGUUGAUAAUCUCAAUGCUGAAAUUUCCCUGGGCACGGUAACUUCAGUAUCAGAGGCUGUUCAAUGGCUUGGAUAUUCAUACCUCUUUGUCCGCAUGCAACGGAACCCCAUGGCAUACGGUAUCGACUGGGCUGAGAUUCGUGACGAUCCCCAACUUGUGCAGAGGCGUCGCGAGUUGAUCAUCAAGGCUGCUAGAGUCUUGCAACAGAGCCAAAUGAUCAUCUUUAAUGAGACAACUGAGGAGCUCCGCGCGAAGGAUGUAGGUCGCAUUGCGAGUCAGUAUUACGUCCUGCAGACAAGCGUUGAGAUUUUCAACACCAUGAUGCGACCUCAGGCUACAGAGGCAGAUGUCCUGAAGAUGAUCAGUAUGAGUGGUGAGUUCGACAACAUCCAGUCCAAGGAGCCGGAAGAGAAAGAGCUGUUGCGCCUUCAAGACGAAGCUGCCCCAUGCGACAUCGAAGGUGGUAUUGGCUCACAGUCCGGCAAGACCAAUGUCCUUCUACAAUCCUAUAUCUCUAGGGCGCGUCUCGAGGACUUCACUCUGGUAUCGGACUCAUCUUACGUUGCGCAAAACGCCGCUCGUAUCUGUCGAGCCCUGUUCAUGAUUGCUCUGAACAGACGCUGGGGUUACCAGUGCCUUGUUCUGCUGUCUAUGUGCAAGUCCAUCGAGAAGCGAGUUUGGGCAUACCAACAUCCUUUCCACCAGUUCGACAUUCCCCAAGCAGUCAUGCGCAAUCUGGACGAGAAAGGUUCAAGCGCUUCGAUCGAGUCUCUGAGAGAUAUGGAGCCGGCGGAGAUUGGAGCGCUCGUUCACAACAACAAGAUGGGAUACACAAUCACCAAGCUGCUCGACAACUUCCCUACACUCACCGUCGAAGCCGAGAUUGCGCCCUUGAACAGAGAUGUGCUGCGUAUCCACCUGUACAUCACACCUGACUUCAGAUGGAAUGAGAAGCACCACGGCAAGUCUGAGUCAUACUGGAUUUGGGUAGAGAAUUCUGAAACUUCUGAGAUCUACCAUCACGAAUACUUCAUCCUCUCAAGAAGGAAGCUUUACGAUGAGCAUGAGCUAAGCUUCACCAUCCCGCUCACGGAUCCACUUCCGUCACAAAUAUACGUCCGCGCUGUCUCCGACCGUUGGCUUGGAGCUGAGACUGUAACUCCAGUCUCAUUUCAGCAUCUAAUUCGACCUGACACGGAGAGCGUAUACACUGAUCUUCUCAACUUGCAGCCCUUGCCUGUUGCUGCGCUCAAGAAUCCUCUCCUGGAGGAGAUCUACAGUCAGCGUUUCCAAUUCUUCAACCCCAUGCAAACACAGCUGUUCCACUGCAUGUACCACACACCAGCCAAUGUGUUGCUGGGAUCACCUACCGGUAGUGGCAAGACAAUUGCUUGUGAGCUUGCAAUGUGGUGGGCUUUCCGCGAGAAGCCGGGCUCCAAGGUCGUAUACAUUGCACCCAUGAAAGCCUUGGUUCGCGAGAGAGUCCAAGAUUGGGGCAAACGCUUGACGAAGCAGAUGGGAUUGAAGCUUGUUGAGUUGACUGGUGACAACACUCCGGAUACUCGCACAAUACGCGACGCUGACAUUAUCAUCACCACUCCUGAGAAGUGGGAUGGUAUCAGUCGUAGUUGGCAGACCAGAGACUAUGUACGCCAAGUCAGUUUGGUGAUCAUUGAUGAGAUCCAUCUGCUUGGUGGAGACAGAGGUCCUAUCCUGGAGAUCAUCGUUUCCAGAAUGAAUUACAUCGCUUCGCAGAAGAAGGGAUCUGUCAGAAUCGUCGGCAUGUCCACCGCGUGCGCCAACGCCACUGACUUGGGUAAUUGGCUUGGUGUCAAGGAAGGCCUGUUCAACUUCCGACACUCGGUGCGACCUGUUCCUUUAGAGAUCUACAUUGAUGGCUUCCCUGAGCAGAAGGGCUUCUGCCCGCUCAUGCAAUCCAUGAACAGACCAACAUUCCUGGCGAUCAAGUCUCACUCACCAGAUAAGCCGGUCAUUGUUUUUGUUGCUUCUCGUCGCCAGACAAGACUGACAGCCCGUGACCUUAUCAACUUCUGUGGUAUGGAGGAAAACCCUCGUCGUUUUGUACGCAUGUCAGAGGAUGAUCUUGCUGUGAACCUUGCAAGAGUGAAGGAUGAAGCCCUGCGCGAGUCGCUGAGUUUCGGUAUCGGUCUGCAUCACGCAGGUCUCGUCGAAUCUGACAGGCAGCUGGCGGAAGAGCUGUUUGCAAACAACAAGAUUCAGGUCCUCGUUGCUACCAGUACUCUAGCUUGGGGUGUCAACUUGCCUGCCCAUCUCGUUGUUGUCAAGGGCACACAGUUCUUUGACGCAAAGACAGAAGCAUACAAAGACAUGGAUUUGACAGAUGUUCUGCAAAUGCUUGGUCGUGCCGGAAGACCUGGAUUCGACACUUCAGGAGUUGCCCGCAUUUUCACUCAAGAUGCGAAAAAGGCCUUCUACAAGCACUUCUUGCACACUGGUUUCCCAGUCGAGUCAUCUCUUCACAAUGUGUUGGACAACCAUUUGGGCGCCGAGGUGUCCGCAGAGACAAUUGCUACUAAGCAGGACGCUCUUGAUUAUCUCACAUGGACAUUCUUCUUCAGAAGACUUCACAAGAACCCUUCAUACUACGGUCUUGAGAUCUCAUCAGAGGAGCACAAUACAAUGGCCGCUCAGCAACUCGCUAACGAGUACAUGGUUGAGAUGGUUGACAAGUCGCUCGCGGAACUUGCUGAGUCUGGUUGUGUCACUAUGCACAACAAUGGAGACGUUGAUCCAACUCCCUUGGGCAAGAUCAUGAGUUACUACUAUCUUGCUCACAAGACUAUCCGCCAUUUAAUCAAGCACGCUAAGCCGAAUGCCACAUUUGCAGAAGCUCUGGCGUGGAUGUGCAGUGCAACAGAAUACGACGAAUUGCCUGUGCGCCAUAACGAGGAUUUGAUCAAUGCCGAGCUCUCUGCGGCUUUGCCCUUGAAAGCCGAGGAUGCUAUGCCGGGACUGCCCAUGUGGGAUCCUCAUGUCAAGGCGUUCCUUCUUUUACAAGCGCACUUCUCGCGCAUCGACCUCCCGAUUUCGGAUUAUGUUGGUGAUCAAACUUCGGUUCUUGACCAGGCGAUUCGUAUCUUACAAGCAUCAAUCGAUGUUCUCACGGAGCUUGGUUUCAACUCGAGUUGCGGAAUGAUGAUAACCUUGCUCCAGUGCGUCAAAUCUGCUCGUUGGCCUGAGGAUGGACCUUUGGCUAUGCUCCCUGGUGUCGAGCCACCGAGAGAGCGCCAACGUCUUUCAUCUUCGAAAAGCCCCAAGCCCAAGAACUUGGUUGAGGCUACCACUACGCCACGUAAGGAGAUGGAGAUAGUAUUGCACAAGCAGCUCUCGCUGGCACCUCCUCAACAGCCACGCGCUUUCAAGGCCUUGUCUGCUCUGCCUCAGCUGCGUGUCAACGUAUCGGAUAUUACAGCACUGGGCCUGAGCGUUUCAGUCGCUCGUCUUAAUCCCGCACUCAGCCGCGAGUUCCACAUGUACGCACCACGCUUCCCCAAGCCUCAAUCUGAAGGCUUCUUCCUCGUCGUUGCCGACACCAAGACCGACGAAGUGCUUGCUCUGAAGCGUAUCUCAUGGCAUGUGGCUACUCACGGCAAACAGGCCUCACAGGCCAACCCCAAGCCGACUUCAAGAAGUAAGAUCAGAUUGCCUCCUGCUGAUGGCGAAAGAAUGGUGUCGGUCAAGGUUGUGAGUGAUGGAUACAUUGGUAUGGAGUGGCAUGUGGAGGAUGUCGAAAUUCCUGCUCCUCCCAUGGUCAUUGAUGAUGGACUCAAGAAGAAGCAAGGUUGA